AAAGUUUGCCCGACGCUUUCUAGUUUCUUCUUCUCGACUUCUCCUUCUCCGCCUCUGUUACUCUUUCUUCUGAAAACCUUCAACAAUCGGUGGCGGCGACGGCAUCGGCGACGGACGACCGGUGGACGACAACCAGCAACGGAGGCGACGGCAGUGGACGGCAAGGGCACCGGAGGAGACGGUUGUAUGGCUGCCUCAAGUAAAGGGAAGGGAACUACUUCUACGCCUACAAGUUCUAGUUGUGCAUCGAAAGCUUCUUCGUAUUUACAAGAGGACCAGCCAUUAUGGGGUUAUGUACAAAAGAAAGGAAAAGCUCAUGGAGGUGGUGGGAAUGUAAUAUUCGAAUGUUCUUUUUGUAGGAAGGAGUUCACUGGAACAUAUACAAGAGUUAAAGCACAUCUACUGCACAUGAAAGGUAAUGGUAUUCAAUUGUGUAAGAAUAUCAAACCUGAUAGUGUGAAUGAGUUGAAGAAGGAGCAAGAACAAUAUGAUAUGAAGAGAAGUGGUAAACAAUCUGGUUUUCUUAACAUUCCUUCAGUACUCUUACACGAUGAUACAGUCCAUGAGCAGAAAAAAAGAAAUUUGGACACAUUCCAAAAAUCAAUUGAACAGACAUUUGCUUUACAAAAGAGGCAGGAAUUAGAUAGAAAAGUUGGAACUUUCUUCUUUUCUAGUUGCAUACCUUUUAAUGCAGCUAGAAACCCAUAUUGGAAGGAUCUAGUUACAUCUUUGGCAAAUAGCAAUAUGUCUGGAUAUGUUGCACCAGACUCUGAGAAGCUUCAAACAAUCAUCCUACAACAAGAGAAGAGUCGAAUAGAAAAAAUGCUACAAUAUCAAAAGUUGAGCUGGGAGCAACAUGGAGUUUCAAUUGUAUCUGAUGGCUGGACAGAUAUUCAAAGGCACCCACUUAUUAACUUUAUUGCAACUUCAACUAAUGGGCCAAUCUUUCUGAAAGCAAUAGAUGCGUUUGGUGAAUAUAAAAAUACUGAGUACUUGAAAGGGUUAUUUGUAGAGUUGAUUGAAGAAGUUGGAAUGGAUAAGGUUGUUCAGAUAAUUACAGAUAAUGCAGCUGUAUGUAGAGCUGCUGGUCUUCUAGUGGAACAGGACUAUCCUCACAUUUUUUGGACACCUUGUGCAGUCCAUAGUUUAAAUUUGGCAUUAAAAAGUAUAUGCAAUCCAACAAGCAAAGAACAUGAUCUUCGUGCUUAUGAGUUGUGUUCGUGGAUUGAAGAAUUGGAGAGAGAUGUUAAAAACAUUAGAAACUUUAUAGUUAAUCAUCAGCAUGCCCUUUCCAUUUAUAACAGAUAUAUUGAUUUGAAGUUGUUAAGAGUUGCAGAGACACGUUUUGCUUCUAUCAUUGUUAUGAUGAAGAGAAUCAAGAAGGUUAAAAGUGCAUUAAUCAAUAUGGUGACAGAUGAUGAUUGGAACUUCUAUCGUGCUGUUGAUGAUGACAAAGCUCAAACCAUCAAACGAUUGAUUGUUGGUGAUGUUUUUUGGGAUAGAAUCUCUUAUUUUCUUACAUUCACAGAGCCUAUUUGGGAGAUGUUGAGGGCUCUUGAUUGUGAUAAGCCAAUGCUUCAUUGUGUUUAUGAGAUGUGGAACAAUAUGAUUUGCAAACUACGGGAUGUCAUUUUCAAUCAUGAGAAGAAGAACUUUGCACUUGAAGAUUCAGACUUUUUUGAUCAUGUGCACAAGAUAUUAGUAACAAGAUGGGAUAAGAGCAACACCCCUUUGCAAUGCAUGGCAUACUCAUUGAAUCCUAAGUAUUAUGGAUUAAAGUGGCUCUCUGAAGGUAUUGGAAGAACUCCACCACAUGUAGAUCCUGAAGUAUCAAGACAUAGGGUGACAUGUCUUAAAAAAAUUUUUAGAGAUUCAUAUCAAAAUGAACGAGCUCACAAUGAGUUUGCAAGCUUUUCUACAAGGGAUGAAAAUAUGGAUGCAAUGGUAGAUAGACACACAUAUCUACCUAUUCCUUGGUGGGUCAAACAUGGACAUGCUUAUCCCACUCUUCAAUACCUUGCUUUGAGGUUGUUAGUUCAGCCUGUUACAUCUUCAUGCUCUGAAAAGAAUUGGAGCACCUAUUCACAUAUUCACAACAUUAAGAGAAACAAACUUACAAGCAAGCGUGCGAAAGAUUUAGUCUAUGUGCAUUCCAACCUUCGGUUACUUUCACGAAACAGUAAUGAAUACAGGAAGGAAGCAGUAAAAAUUGGGAUGUAAAUGGUGAGGAAUUUAACUUCGAAGGAGACGAGGAUCUAGACCAUCUUAAUUCAGAGUUAAAUGAACCAUGUGCACUACAAGAGGUAGAGGUGGAUAAGGAGGACUUUGCAGAGGUGGAAGAUGAACAGAAUUUACAAUGAAAUAUAUUAAUCUGAGAUCUCAGUUUUUUAUGUUUUUAUUUUUUAUGAAAGUAUA